AUGGCCUCGUCUGUGAGGCUCGAGAGUACUUGGGAGGACAGCGACAGCGACAAGAUGCGGCGACUUCGCGCGCGGAAGCGACAGCUCGAGGAGGCAGAAGUCUACAAUGCUCCCGCGACACUGCGCAAGAAGAGGCGCGCCGUGCGAGAGCAGGCCAAGCUGACGUCCACCACAUCCGCUUCGACCGAGUACACAUGCCCUCCCCAUGCGAUCCCUGUCCGAGACGACGUCUUUACUGAUGACAAGCAGGCUGGAAUUCGACGAUGCCGUUACCGAACAGAACUAUCCUUCGGAUCCCACGCCCGACCCCUCUUCUCAGAUCGAGCCAGCAACCAAGGUGACUGUACAAGAAGCGCGGAGAGCACGGCGCAUCCGUGCUGCCCAGCGUCGGAGAGAUGGGGAGGUGAAGGGUGUCGACGAUGCGUCGGGCGAGAAAGGGAGUACACCGAAAGGCACGCGGCGCAAGUUCCGCCUUCGCGAUGCGCAGAAGAUGGGAGCAGCGGCAGGCGGCGAAGAGACCCCUGCAACUCGAUCGAAGUGA